AUGCUGGAUGUGAGAGCUUCAAGUGAAAGCGAUUCACCAGUAGCAGGCUAUAAAGGAAGACGUGUGAGAAAGGUACCUUUAGACCAUUGGGAUGAAGUGGAGAGAGAAACUGUUGAGCGACUCCCUGAAGACAUCGAUGGGACGAAGGUUUAUGUAAUUAAUGGUUUAUCGAAGAAUAAAGAUACCUUACAAUUGUUGAAAGACGGUCGACGUUGGAAGAAAAACGGUCCUACAAACUGGCAAGGACACAAACGAGUAAGAUACGCUGACUGCAAAGGUUCGAGUAUCUAUGAGAAUGAAAACUGUCCAUAUAAGCAACAGUACGGUAUCAUCAAUAGAACACAGUUCGAGAAAAGGAGCCGAAAAGAUACCACGACUGUUUGCAAGGGAUGCGGGAAUCUUCCAAAAGUUAUCAGCUGCCCAGGUCGUCGAUAUAUCAGUUACGAAAGAAAAUCUGUGACUGUAUACCAUUGUGGCGAGCAUACAUGUCCUGUCGUUAAGAAAUUUGAAAAAAAGUUGAACGUGUUGAAGAAUUGGUGA